AUGAGAGUUCGGUGCUGUGGUCUACAUCGCGCGAGUUUUGAUGGAUCGACCAAUGAACUGCUAUUGCCGGGCAACAAAGGCGUAACUGGAGGCACUGUGAUGCCCGAUAAUAGUCCAGAUGGUGGCGACGAAACAAUUCAAGAAGGACUCUUACUACCAGUGUUUGUGGACAAUGGGAAUGAUGAGGCAAUCAUAGGCUUGGUGCUCAAGCUUUCGGGUCAAGGAAAGGGUGUCUAUCGCAGGGUUGGGAGAUUCUGUGUGUCCUUGAAAGAGAGUCUGAUUGAUACACUUGGUCAAAUUGUCGAUGAUGGAUAUGGACAUUUGAGCAGGACUUAUGCUGAGGUGUUGAGAGAUGAUUCCGGUGUUACUUUGGGUUAUAUGAUAGAUAUAAUCUAG